AUGGAUUCAGCUAGGCCACCCCAUGUUGUGAUCUUUCCAAUGAUGGCCCAUGGCCACACCAUGCCAUUACUAGACCUCUCCAUGGCUCUGUGCUGCCGCGGCCUCAGAGUAACCAUCAUCACCACCCCACUCAAUGUUCCUGACAUCACUUCCAAAGUCUCAAAACACCCUCAAAUCUCCCUCCGCAUCUUAUCCUUUCCUCGGGUCCCUGAUUUACCGGAGGGAUGCGAGAACACGGCUCACCUCCCUUCACCUAGUCUUAUACUGUCCUUUUUCAAAGCCACCAAAAUCUUAAAAAAACCCUUUGAAGGUGUCCUAAGAGAGAUGUUCGAAACAGGAUGUCUCCCCAUAUGUGUUAUUUCGGAUUUCUUCCUCGAAUGGACACUUGAUUCCUGUCGUUUAUUCGGCAUCCCAAGGCUUGCUAACCAUGGCAUGGGGGCGUUACCUAUGGCUGUCCUCAAAGUCGUGAAUAUGCAAGGCCGGUCAUCCAUUAGGGCUAUGUCGAACUCCGAUCACGUGAAGUUCCCCCAACUAGACUUCCAUUUGCCUUUAUGA